AUGAUGCGAAUUGCCUCGUCGGGAGUCCCAGUACGCUGGAGAUCUCCGAAGGUCUUCCCCGCGUAUACUUCUACGCCCAAUCUACGGCGGGCUUCGUCUCUUCAGUCGGGUCAUAUUGGUGUGAACAAGGGGGAAGGGUUGCUCUUUAUCAAUAACAUCUUCCCGUCCAGAUUACAAUGGCUACUAGGAAACCCUCUCGAUGGAAGCUGGUCGUACGAGGAAGCAUUGAAACGGAUCGAUCGACCGCAUUUCGCUGCAUCUGAGCCAAUUCAUAUCAUCCAACGAGCCUUACCGGACAAUCUACCACUGGAAAUCAAAGAGGUCAUCCCCCGUACGAAAGAAGGCGGUGCAUUCGUCAAAUACUCACCCAAGUCCAAUGUUUCGGACAUUGAGAUCGAGGACGCUAUCAAAGAUCACCUGCAGCAGAAUCCAAUCAGACCUUGGUUUAAUCCUUUCCAAGGGGUUUAUGUUAGCCGGGUGCUGGGAAAGCCAUGGAUUGAGGAUCUCUAUCGUAUCCCCAGUCAGAGACUUAGGGUGGAGUUCUUGCCGACUUCGCCAGAGACUUCUGCGGCGGAAUUGACUAUUGAGAAUCUGUACUCUCUUCUUCGUCCAUAUGGAAAGUUGCAGGAGAUCGACCCUCAACCGUCAGACUCAAAGACCAACCCACGAUAUGCCCAUGUGGAGUUCUCUCGACUCCGGUACGCCGUCAUGGCGCGGAAUUGUCUGCAUGGAUUCACGAUCCCGGAAGAGCACGGUGGUGGCAAGGCCGGGACUAAGUUCAAGAUAGUAUAUGAGCGAAAGAUCAAACUGUCCAUGAUUAAGGAUUGGAUCUUUAGUCAUCCGAGGAUUGUGAUCCCCGCCCUCGCAGCGUUGAUUGCGGCCAUCUCUGUGACAGUAUUUGAUCCCAUGCGCACAUUCUUUAUAAAGAUAAAGAUUAAAGCCACGCUUCCGACGGAAGAGAACGAAUUCUUGCACUGGGCCCGCCAACAGAUUAGUAAGGCGAACAUCAUAUAUUUCGGAAACCGGAGAGCCGAUCCUCGCGGCCUCAGUGCCAUUUGGGAAGACCGUCAAGGCGAUAUCUCACAGCUGCAAUCAUGGUUACAGGAAAAUGUCGAGACCUUUAUCGUCGUCCAAGGACCACGUGGCUCAGGGAAACGUGAACUCGUGCUAGACAAUGUGCUGAAGGACUAUAAACAUAAGGUCGUCAUCGACUGCAAGCAGAUCCAAGAUGCCCGAGGAGACACUGCAAAGAUUGCAAGAGCCGCCCAGCAGGUUGGCUAUCGACCGGUCUUUUCAUGGAUGAACAGUAUCAGCAGCUUCAUCGAUCUCGCAUCUCAGGGUAUGAUUGGUACCAAGGCAGGCCUUUCAGAGACAUUGGACAGCCAGCUCAGCAAUAUCUGGCAGAGCACUGCUACUGCUUUGAGAAAAGUCGGCUUGGAAGCGAGAAAACUAGAUGACAAAGACGUUCAUCUGUCUGAUGAUGAGUACCUGGAGGCUCACCCUGAACGGCGCCCAGUCGUGAUCAUUGACAACUAUUUGCACAACGCGGAAGAGAACAGCGUGGUGUACGACAAGAUCACUGAAUGGGCUGCCGGACUGACGACCGAGUAUAUUGCUCAUGUGAUCUUCUUGACAACAGAUGUAUCUUUCGCUAAACCUCUCAGCAAAGCUUUGCCUAACCAGGUACUGCGAGUCAUCCCCAUGGGUGACUGCUCGUUAGACGUCGGAAGGAAGUUCGUCCUCAAUCUUCUGGCGUAUGAGUCGAGUAUGGAGGAUGGCAACGAGAAAGUAAAGACUGUAGAUGACAUGAAGGACUUGGACAACUGUAUUGAGGUGCUGGGAGGUCGAGUAUCAGAUUUGGAAUUCAUGGCGCAUCGAAUUGAAGCGGGAGAAACUCCAAAAGCCGCUGUCAACCGUAUCAUCGAGCAAUCCGCUUCUGAGAUUCUAAAGAUUUUUAUCCUGGGCUCUGACAAUCAGCCCCAGCACUGGACUCGUGAACAGGCCUGGCACUUGAUCAAAGCCCUCGGUCACUCUGAGGAUGGCACCUUGCCAUACAACAAAGUACUUACAUCAGACCUGUUCAAGGAGAACGGCGAAGCGAUCCUCCUCGCACUGGAACAAGCAGAACUCAUCGCGAUCAGUGCCACCAACGGGUUCCCACACACCGUCAAACCAGCGAAGCCAGUCUAUCGCACGGCAUUCAAGCGAGUUGCCGAGAACAAAGCAUUGAGCAGCCGUCUGGAUCUUUCGAUUCUGUCGCAGCUGUUGAAGAAAGAGAACAGCUCCAUCACAAAGCAUGAAGAAGAACUCGCUGUAUUGGGCGCCCUGCCAAAACAACCUCGAGAACUUCACCCGAGGAUUCACUGGCUUUUGGAAAAGAUCUAUAAGUCCCAGGACAAGAUCGGGCAAUAUGAGAAUGACAGUGCAGUUCUCCAGAAGAACCUCAAGAGUGAUGCACUUUCGGGGCUAACAUGGGUGACUGUUCUGGUUACUCUGACCGUUACUUGCAUCACUACACGUAUCAUCACGGACUUCCAAUGCCGCUCUAGCAAGACAGAUUCUGGGGAUUUCCGGCCUGUGAGAAUGGCCCCAUACUGGUUUCCAUGGCUGGGACACGGCUUAUCGUUUGCGUGGAAUAUGACGAGCUGCGUGAGAGAAGCUAGGGACUACAUGGGUGAGCCCGUCUUUGGCAUUAUCCUUGGUGGUGCGAAACAAAAUGUGGUGGCUUCGCCGUCUAUGGCCCAGUCUGUCUUUGCAUUUCGAGGCGCAUCCAAUUCCCCAUUUAUCGACCGUGUGAUGGAGAGGGUUUUCGGCGACUCGGGCAUAGUGCGCAAGAUGAGUCCUGCUGACCGACAAGAGCUUCAUCAAUAUGUCAGCCAUUUUCUCCAGGAACCGUUCAUCACUGAAGCCACGACUGCGUUUAUUCGUCGGGUUCAGCGUGAAACCCCGAAUCUGGUGACUUUCUCCUGGAGUAUGGUGGAUCAGACGCCUUGGGAACGCGCAAGUGAAGUCACAGUCGAAAACAUCGAUGGGAAAAAUGUUUGCGAAGCUAAUCUAUUUGCUCUGGUACGGAAUUUUGCUGCGCAAAUCACCACGGGCGGCUUUUUUGGCCAGGCCAUAAUAGAGGAUUUCCCAAACCUAUUCGAUGACCUGUGGAUCUUGGAUAGUCAGUUCUCAAACCUGUCGAAAGGUGCGCGCCGUUGGUUACCAAUUCCGGGUCUCCCUGCGGCAUACAAAGCCCGGAGUCGACUUUUGCAGGCCUUGGCGACUUUCCAAGAAGCUUUCAUCGCUUGGGAUGAUGGUAGAGACCCUGGUGUGAAAUUUCGUGAUCUCGAUGAUAUUGCAGAGCCAAUUAAGCAAAGGGCCCGUGCUAUGCACAGAAUGGGCUUUUCAUCGUUGGUCAGCGCAUCGGCACAUCUAUCUAUGCUAUGGGCCAUAAAUGGAAAUACGACGAACAUUGUGUUUUGGAACUUAAUUCGCGUGUACGCUGAGCCUUCGCUGCUGGAAGAUAUUCGGAAAGAAAUUGCUCCUUAUGUGAAGGCAUCCCGACCCAGCCGUGAGGAGACUGGAUUUCCGUUCGAAGAGCCCCCUCAAAUCAAGAUUGACUCUCAGGGACUAUUCACUUCUUGUCCUCUAUUGAAAGCCAGCUUUUACGAGACCUUGCGUUUGGAUUCUGCGGGGUUUUCGCUCAAGGAACUUGACUCCGACCUGACCCUUACGGAAUCUAAAGAGGAUGCUGCCAUUGAUGGGUUAAAACAACCUCGGGUGUACAAACUUUCCAAAGGCAACAGCAUUGCAAUUUCGCAUGGCGCUCUCCAGAACGAUUCCCGAUACUUCUCGAACCCAAGCCGAUACGAUCCUCUGAGAUUCAUCACGACAGAUCCCGAUACGGGCGCCAAACGGGCCGAGAUGUACACCAUCAAGCCUUUUGGUGGCGGCGUAACGAGGUGUAAAGGGCGUGUCCUGGCAGAGAGGGAGAACCUGGCUUUCAUCGCUGCAAUUGUCUCCAUGUGGGACAUUGAACCGAUGCGUGGAAAGCAUUUGGUUGUCCCAGGGCGCAAGGCAUCUCCAGGAACAUUUUCACCAAAGAAAGAUGUCAGAGUGCGGAUGACGGCGAGAGUAUAAGCCAUCAAUUUUGUUUUAUUUUAUUUUUCUUUUUUUUGGUUGAUAGAGGGAAUGGUGGCAUAUGCGUGGCGGUUUCAAAAUUCAGAUCAGGCCUCACGACAAUUCAUAGACAAAUAUAAUGAUUUAAUAUGUAUAUGCC